CGGGUGAGUGAGGCGAGCGGGUCGGGGGGCCCGGGGCGCCCGAGGGAGGGGCGGGUGGACGGGAAGCGCCGCUCUCCGUAUCCGGGGGAGGGGGGCUCAGGCCUGGCUGCGGCUCGUGUUUUGUUUCCGUUUCUCCCCGGCGCAGCGAGUCUCAUUUCCGUUUCGGGUUCAAACAACAAGGAGGGAGGCGGCGGGGCCAGGGGCGAGGGGCCGGGAACAGCCUCCCCUCGCGGGCUCUGUGCAGUCCUGGGGGGCGAGGGCGUCCCCAGGGCGCAGCGUUGCCCGCUGCCGCAGGCCCGGUCCCGUCACAUGGCGGCUGUGGGGCGCCGGGGGAGGCCCGAUGCUCUCAGCCAAUUGCCCGGGAAACCCGUCCGCCUUGUCCCCCUUUCCCCAGGCAGGGGGAGGCCUGGCUGCUGUCGCAGCUACUGAGCCUGGCUGGCGGGCCCGCUGCUCCCCGGGAGUCCAUUGUCCAGUCCCCAUCCCGAGCUCUCGCUGGCUCCCUCCCAGCUACAUCAAAGGCCCGUCCCCGCCGGCGGGCAAUAAACGCGCUUCAGGCGCCCCGCACCUCUCCACCCCGCGCUGUGUCCGUUCAGCCAUAAAGGGGAAAGUGUGGCGAUUGCCCGCGAUUGUUGUUGUUCUGGGCACAGCAUACGCAAUUGUGUCCACUGUGGACGCUGCUGUAAAUCUCCUAGUUCUACUUAAAAAAAACAAAACCAUCAACUUACUACUUCCAUUUGCCAGAACAAGUAUUGUCAUCUGCUUCAUGGUUUCUGCAUCACCCUUCCAUUUUAGAGCUGUGUAAUUGGCUUUAGAGUUUGCAGCUGAAAACAUUUUUGACCUGUUUUUGAGACUUUUUAGCCAUGACUAAAAGAGAUGCAGAGGAGCUGAUAGAAAUAGAAAUUGAUGGGACUGAGAAACAGGAGUGCACUGAAGAAAGCAUCGUUGAGCAGACGUACACCACAGCAGAAUUUGUGAGUCAGGCUAUUGACAUCAAUGAACCAGUUGGAAAUCUUAAGAAGUUGUUGGAACCAAGACUUCAGUGUUCCUUGGAUGCACAUGAAAUCUGCCUGCAAGAUAUCCAGCUGGACCCAGAUCGCAGUCUCUUUGAUCAAGGAGUAAAGACAGAUGGAACAGUACAGCUUAGUGUACAAGUAAUAUCCAGACAAGGAAUAGAGCCCAAGUUAAACAUCCUUGAAAUUGUAAAGCCUGUAGAAACUGUGGAGGUAGUUAUCGAUCCGGAUGCCCACCAUGCUGAAGCUGAAGCUCACCUUGUUGAGGAAGCCCAAGUGAUAACCCUAGAUGGCACAAAACACAUUACAACAAUUUCAGAUGAGACCUCUGAGCAAGUGACUCGAUGGGCUGCAGCAUUGGAAGGCUACCGAAAGGAGCAAGAACGCCUUGGAAUACCCUAUGACCCCGUACAGUGGUCAACAGACCAAGUACUCCACUGGGUGGUAUGGGUGAUGAAGGAGUUCAGCAUGACUGACAUAGACCUCAAUACUCUUAGUAUUCCAGGCCGAGAGUUAUGUAGCCUCAAUCAAGAGGACUUCUUCCAGAGGGUCCCUCGGGGAGAAAUCCUUUGGAGCCACCUGGAGCUUCUUCGAAAAUAUGUAUUGGCUAGCCAAGAACACUCUGGAGAAAUAGCAACAGUUACUAUUGAUCAGCCUGUGCAAAUUAUUCCAGCAUCUGUACAGCCUGCUACCCCGACCACCAUUAAAGUAAUAAACAGCAGUGCAAAGGCAGCUAAGGUACAAAGAGCACCAAGAAUCUCAGGAGAAGACCGAAGUUCACCUGGGAACAGAACAGGAAACAAUGGCCAGAUUCAGCUAUGGCAGUUUUUGCUAGAACUUCUUACUGACAAAGAUGCUCGAGACUGUAUUUCUUGGGUUGGCGAUGAAGGGGAGUUUAAACUGAAUCAACCUGAGCUGGUUGCACAGAAAUGGGGACAACGUAAAAAUAAACCCACCAUGAACUAUGAGAAGCUUAGUCGUGCUCUACGGUAUUACUAUGAUGGGGAUAUGAUCUGCAAAGUACAAGGCAAGAGGUUUGUGUACAAAUUUGUCUGUGACUUGAAAACUCUCAUUGGCUAUAGCGCAGCAGAGCUGAACCGGUUGGUCACAGAGUGUGAGCAAAAGAAACUGGCAAAGAUGCAACUCCAUGGCAUUGCACAGCCAGUCACAGCAGUAGCCCUAGCUACAGCAUCCCUGCAAACCGAGAAAGACAAUUAAGCACUAGGACCUGAAAGUGGGAGCCUGAGGCCUUUCUUAUAUACCAGAGCAGUUAUCUUUAUCAGAAUUGGAAGCUUCUUUUUAUUCCUUGACAGUACAAUAUGAUGCAUGAUUUUCUACAAAGAACUGAGACUCCCAUAAAUUUGGAUCUUUAACAGCAUAUAUUUCAGUGUAUGUUAAGGGAUCACCACAACUUCUUCAAUGUGAAGAAUGGCACACUGUGUCAUGUAGUCUGCUGAAAUUGGUGAGGAAAGAUGAACUGGUUCAUGUUGUAUGUUCAGGCCUACAAAAUAUUUGUUCCAGCAUUUUAAGAAAAGUGAAGCAUCUACAGGAAAUAGACUGGUCAAUAGUUUGAAUUCAACCCUUUCUGCUGUUUUUUAUUCUCUAUCGAACUACAAAAUGGAAUUGGAUGCGUACACAGUUAAAGCAGGAGCUGCCCUUAAACAUGCCUGUUAAUCUCAUCUAAUCAAGCAGAGCAGAAAGAACAGACACAUUAAAAAAUAAUACAAAGCAUCAAGUCCUUAAGACAAUUUCUCUGUUUAUAAGCAAAGAAAACUAAGAAUAGACUAAACUGAAGAUCAGUGCUGAAGAAAGAGAUCCAGGUUUAACUCUGGCUUAGAUCAAAAGCCAAUUAUGAGUAUUUCAUUGUAAUGUGUAGCUAACAUGCAUAUACGAGGGAAAGUUCUUAACUUUUGAAAAAUGUUAUGCUUGCUACUCAGCAAAAGAAAAUUAAUAAAGAUUUCCAUGUUUUUCCUGUCAGGUGAUUAAAAACUUCCCUCACCCAAAAAGAAGUUUUUAUUACUCUACACUGCAGAGUAUAUUAGCCAAUACUCCUUAUACCUGCACUAUAGUUGAUCUUGAUGAACUGAAGACUUAAGUUAAUCACAUUCAGCAAUCCUUUCCUGUUUAGAAACAAAAUGAGUUGCAAAUAAGUUUAUAAAAAUCUGAAGUUUCACUUCCAGAUUAUUGUACAGUCUGCCCUAUUAAAAUAUGAAAAAAUAUAGUUUCUUAUUUAAAAUUACUUUUUCCAAACUUCAGAUAAUGUUUUAAGGCCUCAGAAACAAAACUACACAUUCCUGAGGCCUAAGCAGGACACAGUUAAGGGUUUGGAUAAAUUUUUCAAAAUAUAUAUAAUUGGAAUGUAUCCUUAAUCCAGAGACUGGUAUAAAUACUACUUACUUCAUAUACAUGUUAAUAUGUAGAAAACUGUGUCUCCAUGAUUUGUGAGCUUCUCCAUUAAUGGAUUGCUAGACUUCUUCUGUUAGUCUGAAUGGAGUAUUUUUUACUUUUUGCCCCUUUGUUUAAACAGUAUGAAUAUUGUGUUACCAUGCAUUUUUGCUGUUCUUGCAAGCAGAUUUUUUUUAAAUAAGGAACCAUCAGCAGAAGCUGUGGUGUCACUUGACAAAUAGUAAAAAUAUAAUUGCAUAAGAGAAAAAUCUUUAGUACCAUGUUGAAAGGUCAAGUUACUCUUAAAACUUUUAAGUCAAGAAUCUUGCUACACUGACAGAUGCUUAAUGUAAAAUGUUCUUAAACUGAGUGGUGGGAGCACUACGUUAUUGCUGUUGACAAGUAAAGAGAAACUGGCUUUCAAGGAAUUAGAAAUAUGUGAGACUUGUAUAUUUUUAGGGUUUAUCUUUUAAAGGUACAUCUGGGGGCUGAGGUGUUUUUCUCGGUGGAGGUGCAUCUCCAUGCCUCUGCUGUAGUCCUGAGGAUCUCUCACAUGCCGUUUUGGCAAUCUAUCAUUUAAGUCUCUUUAGCUGCCAUCACCACGAUUGUAGCUUUCUCUUGUCAGAUUCCCCAGUGACUUUUAAUUUACCAUUCUUGAAUUACUGAAGCACUCCUUCAUUUGCCAAAAGGCUGAGCAUGCUGCUUCUGAAAGAUGUAUUAGCUUUAUAAGAAGAUAUACAAAUCCUUUUUAGUCCGUAACAAAUGCUUAAGUUACAGAUAUGGGUACAUCAGUCAGAAGUCAAGUCAAAUGUCUAGCUUGUAUGACUGUUCUAGUACAGUUGUAGCCCAUUUUUACUAUCAAGCAUUUGAAAUCUCUUAUGUAAAUAGCUGAGGUCACUAUCUUGCUUAUGAAAGGAGAAAAUUAGGCUGCAAGUUGCGUGGCUAACAACUUUUUUCUGUGUCCGGAAUUCCAUUUGUGCAGCUCUGUUCAAGACAAGGAUGGGCACUGUAAAUACAAGCCACAAUUCAAGUAGCUAAUUAAUAAAUGUGAUACAACUGCCCCUUAGAACACUGCUCAAUCUUUCUAGCAGAGGUCUAAAAUACUGCAAGUGGGCAGAGAAAGGAAGAAUUUAAAAUGUUGACUGACCAAAUCAGUCUAAUGGAGGAUGAAUUAAUAUCAAAACUAGUAAGGAAAAUUAAUGCUUUACCCUUGAAUAUACAUACUCUUAUUCCAUUCUAUUAGGAAAGAUGGCAUCAAAACUUCCCAUGUAAAUACAUCUGAUGAUUAGGUUGAAGCUCUUUAAUUUAGUAAAUAUGAUUAUCCCUUUUGGGUUUGUCUAUAUGCAUUUUAUUUCCUGGUAGGAUCUGCUGCUCUUCCACCAUGUUCUUUUCAUUAAAAAAGGACCAAUGCAUUUUCCAAACAGCAUAAAGCUGUUGUCAAAUUUCCUGAAGCUAAGAGCGAAAUCUGACUACCUUGAUGUCUUCAAUUAAAUAAAGGAUGUAGAAUAUUAUAUGUCAAUAUAAUUGUUUUGUUGCUGCCAGAAAAAAAAGUAUAAUCCCAAUUUUUUUGUAAAACAGGGGUUUUGCGUACAUUUUUACUCUUUAAAUAAAGACACUUAUACUCUGCUAAUAAUUAUGUAUUACUUUUGUUUUGAAUUUUUUUGGUAAUUUUACAUGAAACAAUUAUUUUCUAUUUUUAUUCUGAUAAAAUAUUUGUGCAUAAAAUGUCAAUAUAGUAAAAUUAAAAAAAACUCUUACACAGCUAA